AUGAAUUCCUAUCUUCUCAACAGAGCCCUCGGGUCUGUCUCGCCAAAUGCAUUCCACGUUGCACAAACCACACGGCUAGUCCAUAAUCUCGAGCCUGCGCCUGGGAUUCGGUUCUCCAGCCGCAGAGCCGCACCCAAGGAUCAGAGUCAAGGUGACGCGAAUAACGCGACGCCUUUGGAUCGAGAGGAUCCUACGACAGCUGAAAAUGUGAUUUCCCAUCAAUCUGGCGUGAAUUGCCUGGCAAUUGAUCAAUUUGAGGGCCGGUACAUGAUAUCUGGAGGCGCAGAUCCCUCUAUUCAUCUCUGGGACUUCGAAAGUCGAGGAUCAGAUCUCGAUCAUAUCCACCGUGCCUGCGCGACUGUCAGGAAAUCAUCACACAAAGAUGCGCAUACACACGCCAUCACUUCUCUCUCUAUUUACCCAUUCGAUCCAGUCCCGUCAACCAUCUUUUCGACGUCUCAUGACGGCACGUUAAAGCUCUCUGCGCUGCAGUCGCCUGAAAUCACUCCGGUCCACACGUUCAAUCUCGAUUGCACACCAUAUGCGCACUCCUUCUCCUCCCAACCAGGGUCUACCUUGCUAGUUGCAGUCGCUACAUCCGAACAAUCAGUCCGACUAGUUGAUCUUCGAUCCGGGCUAGCCACGCACGGCUUGCCAGGCCAUAAUGGUGCCGUUCUAUCGGUGGCGUGGGCUCCUCACCGGCCGCAUUUACUUGCAUCUGGUUCUGUCGACAACCGAGUCGUCAUCUUCGAUGUCCGACGCGGAGGUCACAACUCUGCAAUCGCAACCUUGGACAUGGACGAUCCGGUAGGCCUUGUAGCGCCAGGGUCCGGAUCUGCACCAGCAUCUUUCGAGAGCCGGCCAGCAUUUUCGCGACAUGCACGGGCUCACAACGGCCCUGUUACUGGGGUGCGUUGGACGUCGACUGGCAGCCAUAUAGUCACGACGGGGCAAGACUCGCGUAUCCGGGUGUGGGAUGCAGCGACGGGCGCAAACACACUGGCACAUUUCGGCCCUCGGGUUCGCAAUAGUUCCACUUCUCACAUGGCAGAGCGGGCGCCACUGCUGAUACCCAAGGGCGUCAUGGGCCCUGGGCAGGAGACGCUCUUGUGGUCUAACUUUAACGAGCAAGAUGACCGGGGUGAGAUCUUUAUGUUCGAGCUUCGAGAAGGGACUUUUAUUAAGCGUCUUCGGGUUCCAGGGCUCAUGGGUGGAAACCAGGCAGCACGUGGCCGGGCAAGGGCCUUCAGUGCUGCGCGUAUUAAUGAUUUGACCUGGCGCGGGAACGGUGCAUCCGGGGAAGGCCUCGAGCUUUUCUCUGCCCAUGGCGACGGGACCAUUCGCACAUGGGUUUCUCGGGAGCCUGAUGGUGAGCCUGAUGAGGAAGAAGAAGCCGAGAUGGCCGACCGCAAGAGAAAGCGAGAGGUUCUAGACGAACUCUACAAGGGCUUCAUUGGACCCGAUGCUGGACUCUAUACUUGA